AUGACGGGACUACUGACUGUCACAGCAGAGGUUCAGGGGUCAAAACUAGAAGUGGAAGGAAAACAUGUGGCAAUAAGGCAUCUUCAGUUCAGCCUAAUUCAGUGGGUUCUUAUGGGGGAUCUUAAUGCUACCCUAGAGGAAACAGAGAAGGAAGGUGGAAGAAACUUUGAUCGUAGGGAGGGCGAGUUCCUGGCAAAUUUUCUGUUUGAAAUAGGUGGAGUGGACCUAGGGUGUGGAAGCGGAAUGACUACUUGGCAAAACUCAAGAUAUGCUAGUAAAAAGUUCAAGAAGAGGCUUGAUAGGGUGGUUACGAGUGCGUUGUGGUGCACUGAAUUCCCAAAGGCUUGUGUGGAAAAAUUCCCAAUCAUUGGGUCAGAUUAUGCCCCUAUCCUCCUUCGUGCGUGGGGUGAGGGGCCUAAGCUUUGGUAUCCCUUCCAUUUUUUGGAACUUUUGACUUCUAGACCUGAUUGUGAGAAGUUAAAAGAAUUACAUCGAAGGCUAGCUGAUGUACAGAACAAACCAAUAACAGAUGCUUUGGUUGAAAUUGAAGCAGAGAUUCAGUUGGAGAUCAUGGAGAUGGAGGGGAGGAUGGAUAGAAUAUGGAAGAAAAAAUCUUGUGAGAAUUGGCUUCAGUUCGGAGAUGACAAUACAAAGUUUUUUCACGCUUCUACAUUCAUUCGUAGAAGGCAAAAUUUUAUUGGAAGCAUCAUCGAUAAUUCAGGAAGGUGGUUGAGACAAAGGGAUGAAAUUGGAGAUCAUUUUUAG